UUUCUUUAAUUUUCUAGUCAGAGGGUAUUCAUAAAGAAGAUAUAAUUUCUUAAAGUUAUGCACUAUAAAAUUGUGGCAUAGUGGUGGGACCUUUUAAUAUCUUUAAAAGGAGUCUAAGGGCUGUCAUAGUGAAAAAAGAAAGAAAAGAGGAAAAAGAAACCUUAUCACCACAUGUGAAUAUAAAAAAGAAGAGGUCCCAACCAAUUGCACCACUACCGGAUGGAAGAGCUCAGCUGACAAACCCAGCCCAGUCUAGGGAAGCUUGGGGUUUAGCUGCUUGUACUUCAAGAAAGUCUGAACUUAGUUAUCGCCGUUUUUAAAGCAUGACCUGAAUGGAUUCAGUCAUUAUCGAGUCAAACUAAACCCAGUGAAAGGUUCCUACCACUGAAAUAGAGCAGUGUGGCCAGGAGUAAGGACCAUAACCUGCUGAUCUUUCAUGAUUUCACACAGGAGACUUCCGAAGAUACAAGAACUACACACAAGGGACAUGUCAUUUAGCGUCUCUUUUUGAUCAUCACCUGAAGACAGAAGUCAUACUGUAACAAUGGCAACUACUUCAGUAGGGGGCUUGUCUUGCUCCUCCGAUGGGAUGCACUUUGUAACUAAUCACAGUGACCAAGCCCCACAGAACUUCUCAGAAGCGGCAAAUGUUACUAGCUGUUACAUGGAGGAACAACUGCUGUCUACUGUGUUAACAAUAUUCUACUCUGUUAUUUUCAUUGUGGGACUGGUUGGAAACAUAAUUGCCCUCUACGUAUUUCUGGGCAUCCAUCGCAAGAGAAAUUCCAUUCAGAUUUACCUACUUAAUGUAGCCAUUGCAGACCUUCUACUCAUUUUCUGCCUUCCUUUCCGAAUAAUGUAUCAUAUUAACCAAAACAAGUGGACAUUAGGUGUGAUCCUUUGCAAGGUUGUAGGAACACUAUUUUAUAUGAACAUGUACAUCAGCAUUAUUUUGCUUGGAUUCAUCAGUUUGGAUCGCUACAUAAAAAUUAAUCGGUCUAUACAACAACGGAGGGCAAUAACAACCAAGCAAAGUAUUUAUAUUUGCUGUAUAGUAUGGGCAAUUGCUCUUGCUGUAUUUUUAACUAUGAUUAUUUUAACACUUAAGAAAGGAGGGCAUAAUUCUACAAUGUGUUUUCAUUACAGAGAUAAGCAUAAUGCAAAAGGAGAAGCAUUUUUUAACCUUGUUCUUGUGGUAAUGUUCUGGCUGAUUUUCCUACUGAUAAUCCUUUCAUAUAUUAAGAUUGGCAAAAAUCUACUGAGGAUUUCUAAAAGGAGGUCAAAAUUUCCUAAUUCUGGUAAAUAUGCCAUUACAGCACGAAAUUCCUUUAUUGUACUGAUCAUUUUUACCAUAUGUUUUGUCCCUUACCAUGGCUUUCGAUUCAUAUACAUUUCUUCACAGUUAAAUGAAUCAUUAUGUUAUUGGAAGGAAAUCGUUCACAAAACCAAUGAGAUCAUGCUGGUUCUCUCAUCUUUCAAUAGCUGCUUAGACCCAGUCAUGUAUUUUCUGAUGUCCAGUAAUAUUCGCAAAAUAAUGUGUCAACUUCUUUUUAGACGAUUUCAAGGUGAAGCAAGCAGAAGUGAAAGCACUUCAGAAUUUAAACCAGGAUAUUCCCUGCAUGAUACAUCUGUAGCAGCUAAACUGCAGUAGAACUCUAAAGGUACUUGAGGCACACAUACUAAAAAGAAUGAUAUACUCUAACCUCUUAAUUCCUUGAACAUCUAAAGCUUUAGAGUUUAUAAAAUGCAGACCUUCUCAAACCUCUGUUUAUACUUGUGAUAAUUUCAUUUGCUUAACUGUAAAAUAUUUCAAGGCAAAGAAAAGCUUAUACUUAUAAUUGAAUUUUAAACAUGCAUGUAAAAUCUCAAAAUAUACUGUUAAACUAGCACUCUUAACAUGGAUUAGAAAGUUAAGUGCAAUUCAUGGCUUUGACAACAGAAUAACUAAAGGAAGUGUCAGUGUCUCUCAAGUCACUAAAAUAGUUUCCAGAAUCAAGUACUUGAUACUAUAUAAAGUAAAUUAAGUGAAUUGGGGACUGAAUUCAAAUGUCAGAAAAUGCUCAUUGUCCUUUUAAAAGCCUGUAUUCAUUUAUGUCUAAAUCUGUAUCAACAGAUUAAAUAAUAAAAUUCUAAUGAAAAUAA